AUGGCUAUCCUACACUUUCUGGAAGCCAUCGGGUUAUUGGCCAACACCAACUCCAUGGAGAAGCUUCCCAUGGAGAUCCUAGAGAACAUACUUGAUCGAUUACCAAUCGAGACAGCCCUACAAGCAAAACGGGUUUGCAAAACAUGGAGAAUUCUCCUCCGUUGUAAAACUGAUAAGGAUUACAUUUACACAAAUACCCUGCUUGGGUCUUGCAAUGGUUUGGUUUGUUUCAGUCCGUUUUAUGGAAGAAACCAUUUCUUAAUUUGCAAUCCCUUUACAGGAGAAGUUGUUUAUGUUCCUAAACAUAAUUCAAUGGAGCAGAAAUUGUCUUGUUUAAGCGGGUUUGGUUAUUGUCACUCAACGAACGAGUACAAGAUUGUUAUUAUGCACAACAAGUUCAAGGUCAAAGUCCUAGUUUAUACUAUCGGUGGUGGUGGGUGGAGAAGCAAAGGAUCAAUGGAUCCUAUUUUCACAUUGAAUUAUUCAGGUAUCUAUGCAAAUGGGGCUCUGCAUUGGCAAGACAGACAUGAUAGGAUCGUAGCAUUCGAUCUGGAAAAUGAGAAGUUCCAUUAUAUCCCAUUGCCACUUAGUAAACAUGAUAGAUACAAUCGUUCCCUCAAGUUGCUUGGAGGGAAUAAUCUGUAUAUGGUGCUCACAAACAAUGAUAAACCUUAUUGCAUGGAUAUUUGGACUUGCAAAAGAAAAAGCACUAAUGCCAGUGCUAAUGGUUGUGAUAUGAAACAAAAUUACAACGACACGAAUUCGUGGGAUUGGAUCAAGGAGUUCAGUAUUGAGUGGAAAGAGAUGGGAUGGGAUGAUAUGAUAUGA